AUGCAAGCAGCAAUCAAUCAGCAGAUACUCAAGGACGUUUACAAGACCCAGAGAUGUUCCAAAGUGCAUUGCAAGGGACCAUUGGGGACAGCCACCUGCUGGUUCUUCCACAGUGACCAAGACCAGCUCAAGCCUGUUGGCUACAAGUCCCAGUUCUGCAAGACAUGGAAGGAGCUGGUCAUCCGCACCGUGGCAUCAAAGUUUGUGGAGAAGUCUGUUGAGGGGGACGACUCUGCGAGCCAGUUCUCCAUUGACGGCUCUGUGGACUUUGCGCCUGGCAAGAAGGAGGUGGGCAUAGUGCCAUACUCAGUGCAGAAUGGGAAGAUGCCGGUGGGGGUUCCUCAGGCGGCCAAGCAGGGACGGCGCAAGGCUGCCAAGGGAGUUGCACUGCAGCUCUGCGCCCACUUUGAGCGCACCGGCCAGUGCCCCGACCCCAAGUGCCGCUUUGCCCACGGCGCCGAGGAGCUCAAGCUGCGCCAGCUCAAGGCCAGGGGUGGCGAGGAAGGCGGUGCCGCAGGAGGCAAGACUUUCAACGCUGCGCUGGCGCCUGCCCCUCGCAAGCUGUCGCUCGCCGUCCUCGAUGCCAUGAGAUCGCACAAGCUGCAAGCCGCAGUGCACAUGCUGAUGGGCAUGGGCUUCAGCUUCAAGGCAGCUGAGGACGCUGCUCGCACCACUGGCGCCAAUGCAGAGCUGGCUGCCCAGCUGCUGUUGGAUGGAGGUGGCUUCCAUGAGGGUGGGGUGACUGAGACGAGUGUGAAGGGCGAGGCGGAUGCGCUGUGUGCUAUGGCGGACUCCCUGGACCUGGCCACCUCUGAUGUCGAGGCAGAGGUCAUCCGCUGCCACGGCGACCACCUCAAGGCCAUCCAGGAGUUGCAGCAGGUCAAGUUGAACGGUGGCAGGAGUGUUGUGCGCCCUCCGGUGCCCAUUCACAGGCGCCCACCUACCAUCCCAGAAGAAGAGAGCAACCACGAGUACCUCAACAAGGGCUGGAAGAGCAUGGCGGCGCCCACGUGGGGCCCCACGGGCAGCUCUGCACCGGCCGCCUCCACCUACCUGCACACCCCGGCGCUGCUGCCCCACAACGCUCCUGCCUCCAUUGGGACUCCCUACACUUCUUUCAAGGCCCCGGUAAAAAACAUCAGCGCACCCGCUCCGACAGACGAAUGGCAGCAGUACAGGCCGGAGGACUUCGACCCUGACCCAGCCACUCCUGCCACAGGCUCUGGAUCUGAUGCAGACCUGCACGCAGCUCUCCUCGCCAGCAUGGCAGACGCGCCGCCUCUGGGCCCCGCUACCGGCUCUAAGAAUGCAGUGCACGAGCAGCAGAUCAACCAUGCCCAGUCUGCCUGCCAGCACCCGCAGACGCGGCCGAGGCCCCUUGCAUCAAUCCUCGACCUGCAGACACAGCCGCAGCCAGGAGCCUAUGCCAUCCUCACUGCGGCGCCCUCCAUGCCUCAGCUGGUUGCCCCGGCCACUGUGGCGCCGCACGCGGCCGCACCGGCGUCCCGCAACUGGUUCCCGCCUGUGCCGGACACCGCCGCUUUCCAGCCGGCCGCCACCGCCGUCCCCGCCAUGUCCGACGCCCUGUCCAACCUGCACAUCGCGCCGCUGCAUACAGCCGGCGCGGCCGACGGCUGCAACGGGGACCUGGCGAGCGGCGAGGUCACCCCGCAGCCGAGCAUCAACUUUGACCUGUCGCCGCCGUCUGUGAUUUCUCCCUGCGACGGCCCCUCCCCCAGUGCGCAGCAGCUGCUGCCCUGGCUGACCAAUGGCACCAGCAAGGCCAAGACAAAUGUGCCGGCCCCUGUCCCGGCGCCCGUCAAGUCAGCACCGGUGGUGGAGGAAGCCCCCACGGAGGACUUUGACAGCCUCAUGUCUCUGCUGAUGUCCUGA